UAUAAGUGACAGCCACAGACGGAAAAGGUGCAACAGUAGGCUACAGCAGUGAAUCCAAUGCAAUAGAAGAAUAACACCUGAAGUGCGAAUACCACAGAGGGAACCCUGUUCCGAACAAGUUUUGCAGUAUGGGAAUAUCUUCCUCCAGCCUUCUGGAUGAGAGCAAAUCCAACUUUGUGAGAGGCCAAGCAGGUGCGACAUUGAAGGACUUCAGCCCUUUCUACAAGCAUCAGUACCUGGUGGCCUUCUUCUCCAAGGUUCAGGAUGAUGUGGAGCAGAAGAAGAUGGGCCAGACCCAGCUGCUCAAACAGAGGGAGCCCCCAAAGCCUGCAGAGAUCCUGUAUGAGGAGAAUGUACUGUUCUUUGAUGAUACCAGGAAGUGGAAGGAGCGGUUUGUGGUGGUGCGAGCCAACUACAGUCUGGAAUGCCAUGACAGCUAUGAGACAUUUGUGAAAGGUGUACAACCACGGUACAGGCUCCUUCCAACAGGGGGCACUGUGCUGACGUCAGAGGACAAGUACAUGGUCUUGGUGGAUAAGUUGUGCCCUGACCUCAACAACGUGAAGGAGGAGUUUGCCCCUCCCAUGGCAACCGUGCCUGGGCAGUUCCCGGUCUACCUGAGGCUGCCGUACCGCCGGGACUCCUACUUCUGUUUCCGGGAGGAGGCCCGUCGCUCCCGGUUCAUCUCCGUCCUGACCGACUGCAUCCGACACCAGAACCAAGAUUUCCUAAGGAAGCCGGCUUGUGAGGUGCUGGCUUUCCGGAAGGCGAUCCGGUUCCUCAGACAGGAGAAGGAUCUCUAUCUCUCAUGGGACAUGCUGAUCGGCAGUGACGUGAGGGUCUUAUCCAACCUGGUGAUGGAGAAGUUGUUGCCCACUCUGCAGACUGAAAUGUUGCCUCGUCUGAAAGGAAGGAAGACAGACAGGAAAAAAGCAUGGUUUGCUACGGUGGAGGCCGCCUACAUCCUGGUCCAGGAGCAGCUCCUCAAGGGGCUGUCGGCUCUGAAGCAGGAAUGCAGGGCGGCGGCCAAGCAGCAGGAGGCCCUGAUCCGCUCCAACAUGGACCAGAUCAUCUCCUCCCAGGACUUCCUGGCCGGGAAGCUGAGAGCCGUGGUGACGGAGCCAGCGGAGAGGUUCUGCUCGGAGCACGUGCGGCCGCACCUGGCGCCCGUCCUGGAGGAGCUGAUGGGGCCGGUGAGCGCGGGCUUCCAGGAGACGCGGGCGCUGUGCGAGCGCCACAUGAGCCAGCUGUGCCAGGACUUCCAGGAGAGCCGCAGCGCCGACGAGCUCAAGCUGGCCCUGGGGCAGCUGCGGAAGACCGAUCUCCAAGGCUGCUACGCUCACGUGGACGUCCUCCAGGACCAGCUGCAGGAGCUCCAGAGCCGCUACGGCUUCUCCAACUGCCCCGGCCUGGUGCACAGCACGCAGAUCGACAUGCAGCAGCUGAUGAGGAACGCAGUGUACACAUUUGAGCAGCUCCUGCUCACCACCCUGACAGACAAUCCUGCAAAGCCAGGCUCUGCAAUGGAAAAGGCCAAGCAAAGAGUCUUGAAGCAAUACGACUAUGACAGCAGCACGGUGAGAAAAAGGAUCUUCCAGGAGGCCCUGUUGGACAUGACUCUCCCUGCCAUUAAGAAGAGCCUGGCUCCCACAUGCAAACCAGAACUGCAGGCCUUUGAUCAGUACAUCUUUGCUGAUUAUUCAAAUUUCAUACAAGUGGAAAAUGUAUAUGAAGACAUUCUGUUGCAGACAUUGGAAUGUGAAGUCAGCAAAGUGGUGAAUGAGGCUGCCAGUCUGAAGAAACACAACCUAUUUUUGGACGGCACUGACUUACGCCUCACAAGCCAGUCCAGCCUGAGUGAAGGCCCGACCCCGCCUGGAUCCAUUCCUGCCAGCCCUGUUAAGAGCGCCCAAUCACUGACCCCCACCUCUCCGCUGGGAAAUGGCCAGCUAUUGGCUCCAGAGCAGGGGGACACAUCCGGUGUAACAGAGAAAGAGCUGGUUGAGAAUGGAGAAAAUCAAGUCACAACUGAAACAGUGAAUGGGGGCAUGCAUAUCACUCCUGAAACGGAGGAGAUUACAUCUAGCACAGCUGAAGCUGAAAAACAGGUAACACCUAGCACACCUGAAGCUGUGGAGAUAGCAUCUAGCACAGCUGAAGCUGACGAACUGGUCACACCGAGCACAUCUGUAACUGAGGAGAUUACAUCCAGCACAGCUGAAGCUGACAAACAGGUCACACCGAGCACACCUGAAACUGAGAUUACAUCUAGCACAGCUGAAGCAGACAAGCAGGUCAUACCUAGCACACCUGAAGCUCAGACGGUAAUUCUGCCUAGCCCACCUGAAUCUAAGACGGCGAUUAUGCCUUGUGAAACUGAGAAGGAGCUCACUCCUAGCACAGCUGAAAUUGAGCAGGAGAGCAAACCUGACACAGCAGAGGUUGAGAAGGAAAGCACACCGAGCAGUGGUGAAACUGAGGAGGGCAUUCCCAGUUUAGCCCAAGUAGAAAAAGAGGACACACCCAUUGCGGCAGAGACAAAGGAGGACAUGCCAGGUGCAACAGAAGCAGGAGAGGUUGCACCCGCUGCAGCUGAACCAACAGAUAAAGACGUCAUUUGCACAGCUGCGGCAGAGCAAGAGGAAGUAGUCAGUGUACCUGAGACACCGGCAGAGCCAGCCGCUGCAGCCACCUCACUGCAGAGUGUCGAGCCCCUACCAAGCCCCAGCACUGACUCUGCUGGUGCGGAAAACCCUGAUAUGGACGGUAUGGUGGCUGCCAGUUCCAGUCCUCCUUCGGCCGAGGCUGCCACAGGCACAGACAGCCCAUCUGUGCUCGUGAUUGACAAGGCUGAAGAGAAUGAAGACAGCAAUGCUGUGGCUGACCCAGAGGAGGCCUCCACAGAUGCUGUCACAGACCCUGGAGCGCCCUCUACAGGUUCCUCUAAUGCUGAGGGGCCCAAGAUCAGUGUCGACUCCCAGGAGGUGGGUGGCGAUACUGGAGCCAUGUCCGCUGAGGGCUCCGAGGAUGAUGACGCUGCCUGGUCCACCACUGACGAGGUCACGGAGAGUGACGUUUCCCUGACCUCCGACCCCACGGCGGAGGGAGCGGGCGCCGUCCCAGAAACCCUCGACGCCGGCCCCGUUUCAGAGGCUACGGAAACUGAAGCGAGCGUCGACCCCGUCCCCACUGCCGAGGAAGCGGAAGGGGGUGCCGUUACCGUGGGAGACGAGCACGCCGCAGAGCCUACGGAGAACGCCCUCCCCACCGCCGUGGUCUCCCCCACAGUCAGCUCUCCGGCCGAGGCCAAGUCGGCUGAGGAGCCUGGGUCAGUGAAGGAGCAAGCCCCAGACUGCAUCAGAGAGAUCCGCGACCUGGUGGUGGAGGUGAUAGAAGUGGAGGAGAUGGUGCAGCACUACCCGAACAGCAGCAGCUCAUGAACCCUGCUGUCCAGACGCUUCAGCGCCAGAGAGCAGAAACACAGAGAGCGCAGAGGCUAGAGCAGCAGAGCCAGUACCAACGUGCCAGUACAAACCUACGCUUAGCAGUGGACACAGCUACCAUGCCUGGUUAUCCACAUUCUAAAUGGACCUUAUUUUGAGGAUGCAAGCUCUAAGUGGCCUACCAUCAAUCAAAGUGAUUACGUAUCCUGUAAUACUGUAAUCCCCCUGGGCAGGGUCGUAAGAAUAGUACAUCUCCAUUACUCCUGACAGUGUGUAGGUAAAACCAAAAGACCAACAAAAAAAAAAACUUAAAGAACGAUUUCCAUUUAGCCUAAGGAUUUAAGUUUUAAUUCCUUGAAGAUUAAUUUGUUUCGGUUGGCUCAGGCAGUUUCAUGUGCAGUGAUGGAUGUUUUAGAUACAGAUCGCCUGGCACAGGGCCGUUUGAGGGUCUAAAGCAAGAAAAUACGAGUCAAGCAGCUUGAAAGCAGUGUGUACACUGACGUUUGAAAACACUAAAAAAAACUAUCCCUUUAAGUAGAAUAAAAGUGUCAUCUGUGAGUUUCUUGACCAAGUACCAGUUUAGUCAUCUGGUAGAAAUAGUUGUAUAAUAAGAGUACUCCUUUUCUUUUUAACAUUUAUAUAAUUUAUAUUAUUCAAAUGAUUUCAUGUGAAAAUGUUACAAAUGUUUUAUGCAUCGGUGCAGUGUGAAAACUGUUUUGAAGUUAAUGAAUUACAAGUUGGGAAACUACUGGAAUGUUGUGAAAGAUACUGUAGUUUGGAAUAGGGGUAUACCACACUUCACUAAUAUUAACUUUUUUUGCAUUAAGACAACCAAAGCACAGCUCGCUUGUGUAUGUUGUGGGAUUCCUGUAAGACCCCAUAUGAUCCAUUAUGGAAAUGUUUUGACAGACUCACAUUCUACACUGCUUACCAUGAGGAAACUGUACAUUUCUCUUCAUUAUGGGAAUGUGUUUAUACAACAUGGGCAUCUUGCCUUUGAUCUUUGACCUUGUUCUGUUGUGGUAGUUGUAAGUGCUCAUUUUCACUUUGGACCAUUUUCAGUCCAUCGCAUAUCAGAAUCUGCUGUAGAAUACACUUACUCUAUAAAAUUUCACACUGUGAAAACGGUUACACCAUACAUUAUGGUCCUAAAGUGAGAAUGAUUUUUCACAUUUUCAUGUUUCCAUUUUCAUUUCUUGACAGUUUAAAACUGUGACGUCUGCCCAAACUAUACAGUCAUCCAUGAUUGCCUGUUCAGUGGGUGUAGUUUUAUUUUUUCAUUUAAUUCUAAUCAUACUGAUUUAUGACACCCCCUACUGUGCUAUGCGAGGUGAAAGGUAGUGUGUUUGGUUGCAUUCCAAAUAGGCCCCUUGCCCCCUGUUCCCAUCUGCAAGUGAUCACUUUGUGUAGGUUUUUUUUUACCUGGGCCAUUAAAAUAACUUAUUUCAGUAGUUCAGUGAGCGGGUGGAGGCAUCUUAUCAAAUGUGACCAUCUAAUUAUCAGACAGAACUGCUGAGAUCCAUUUGGUCCAAAUUAAAGCAUUAAUAACA